AUGGCUAAAAGACCAGAUCCAAAUGAAAUAAGAUAUGUUUAUAUCCGACAAGUCGGAGGAGAAGUCGGAGCAUCAUCAGUUUUAUCUCCUAAGCUAGGUCCCUUAGGUUUAUCCCCCAAAAAAAUUGGUGACGAUAUAGCUAAAGAAACUCAAUCAUGGAAAGGAUUAAAAAUAUGUGUUAAAUUGACUAUUCAAAACAGACAAGCAAAAAUAGAAGUUGUACCAACAUCUGCUUCGAUGGUUUUAAAAGAAUUAAAUGAAGCUCCAAGAGAUCGAAAAAAAGUAAAAAAUAUAAAACAUAAUGGUAAUUUAAAAAUCGAACAAGUUUAUUCUAUUGCAAGAGCUAUGCAAGUAAAAUCAAGAGCUAAAGAAUUUAAAGGAACAGUAAAAGAAAUAUUAGGUACUUGCAAUUCAAUAGGAUGUACUGUCGAUGGAAAAAAACCAACUACCAUUCAAGAAAUGAUAGACAAUGGAGAUAUUGAUGUUCCUGAUAAUUAA